AUGGAGAACGUGGAUGCAAAGAAGACGCCUGGCAUGAGUGGGCCACAAAGUCGUGCGCUGAGUAUCUUGCGUCGUCUGGCCUUCGGAAUGAAUCGCUGCAUCGCCAAGUCGAACGGGGAGAUGGCGUAUCAGCUGCUCUUUGAACAAGAACAGUACGUCACAUAUCGUGGCUACAACAUGUUUUUUCGGUAUCUGCCAUUUGCAAUCAUGCGGUGCAGGGCAGAUGCAAUUGCAGCGGCACUGGCCGACGCACCUCAUCUCACUGCAGGUCCAGUUGAUGUUGUCGAAGAUGUGGAGGACGUGCCAGUCGCUGGGGAUGAGAUUGCAGAAGUGAUUGAAGAUGAGGGCGAGGGGACCCGAGUGACGCAAGUUCCAGUGCACUUCAAUCAGAAAGAUGAUUAUCUGCAUCGUGGCUCUUCUACAUUGCUGAAAUGCAUGUCACUGGCAAUGUACUCGAGGUUUGUGCGUCGUGUUCCACGCGCAAAGGCUGGUAAAGUUGAUGGAGUGAAGAUUUUUGCAUUCGACGAGCAUUAUCCACAUCAUAAAGAGUCGGUGCAGGAAGUCAGAGCUGCUGAUGACAAUGUGGUUGUGCCGUCUGAUUUACAUUUGCCACAGGAAGCGGAGCCUCAAAAAUAUGCUGCACAUGCUCGGGCUAAGAAUGAGAAGGAAGGGAUGAUUUUUGCUAGAUUUGUGCCGCAGUGGCGACAUUGGAAAGCGUGCAUGCUGGUUCGUAGAGAGACUGCACAGGAGCGCGUGUUGGCAGGAUUGUCUUCGCCUGUGAUUCGAGAUGUCAGCACUGUCCGCAAAUGUUUCCCGCGUUCUUCAGCAAGCGGUGAUGGGGAGACUGUGGCAACUUUGAUGCGUGUCCUGCAUCGCAAACUGCGGCCCCGGGACUGCCGAUUUCAUGACGUUCCUCGGAUUUUGGAGCGCAUUGCUUGGUAUCUUGAUGUCAGGCCUCCAUAUCACUACACUCAGUUGUCGCCGUUGGAAUAUCUUUCUAUCAUCCAGACAGCCUGGAUGGAGCGCUUUGAACAACAUCACGCUGCACGCAGGCUCAGCAGCAGUCGUCGACGGGCAGAGCGGUUCGCUCUGAUGACAAAGCUGGAAGACGACGACAUUGAGGAUGAUUGUGCGCCACCUGACAUCGAAGGAGAUGAAGUUGAAGAUGACCUGCGGCGUCAAGAUGAGUUGGAGCGGCUUGAACGGGCGCAGUACAUUGUGGAUCAUGAGGCUUUACAUGAAGCCAUGUUUCGAGAGCAGGAUUGGAUGCGUGUUUUGAGCAAUCCACGCGCAACUGUUUUGAAAGACACCUUGCGACAUCUUCGUGACUUUGUCAAUGCACUUGGAGGAAUUCCAGAUGUGAGGAGAGGCAUGGGCAUUCGAAGCAGCAGUGUGGCUGGUGUCGAGCGCAGCUGGACUGCGGCAGAUGCUGAGAGAGGCAUGGCUUUGCAGAAGCAGUACUUGGAGUUUUGUGCUGGAGGCCGGGGGCUGUAUCUUUGUUGGUGGAGCGAGGAAGAUGAGCAGAUGCCAGACCAGCAUUUUGAACCUUUGGAAGAAGCCAUCGAUCCAUUUUUGGCUGCACUCAACGCUCAAUGCAUUGGACCAGGAGACUAUGCUGCGGAGCUUGUCGUCAAUUCCACCCUCAAUCGACAACAGAUUUUGGCAGUGGCUCCGAUUGCUUGGGUCAUGGAGCAGAUGUGGUUGAAUCGCUCCAAUCCACAGUCAACUUUGGCAGAUGGCGCAGCCACUGAAAGCUGCAAUUGCCUUUGGUUGGGCGCUGGUGGCUCUGGCAAGACAUAG